CAAGGCGCCGUUGCCUGUGUUGAGGGGAUCCGAGAGUCCUUUCAGCAACAUUCUUCUUUAUCCAGUCCUUCUGUUAGGGCGAUAUCGGCUACAUUUCUGACUAUUGUCGUUAGAGGUUUUGUUUUCUAGCAUUUCAGAUCAAUAGCUGUGUUUUAUUUUCUAAUUUGACCCUCAUAGGUAGUUAGAAAGUAUUCGCGCCACGGUAAACUCGUCUUCAGCUGGUCCGUCAGGUACAGCUUGUUAGCUAGCUAGUUACAUUAGCCAGCAGCUACCAGUAGAUUUACGGCUUAUAUCCGUGCCUGCCCUGCCAGGUAACGUUAGAUAAACUAAAGCUGGAUGCGUUGGUCCGCCACAAUGGUUUGGUCAGUUAAACAAUUUCAGAGCUUUGACAUUAGUAAAUAAUUUACCUCAUUUCGAGACAAAACAACGCAACCUUUGUGACUUGGCCCGUCAGGUUUGGCCUGUUUCAUUGUCUCCGAACGUCGACAACAGACAAGUUGUUAUUCAGUGUCAGUGGGUUGUUUGGCUAGUUAGGCUAACUUAGCCGUGUUCGCGUAUACAAAACCGUCAGCUGUCGACUCGAGAUAAUAUUGAAAGCCACCCGGUUUGAUAUGGCGCAACACGACCACACUCAUGUUGCCAGUUCCCAGAAAGCACUCAUGUUGGAGAUGAAGAGCCUUCAGGAGGAGCCCGUCGAGGGAUUCAAAAUAACACUGGUGGACGAGGCUGAUAUGUACAACUGGGAAGUCGCCAUUUUCGGACCCCCAAACACUCAUUACGAAGGGGGGUAUUUUAAGGCUCGGAUCAAGUUCCCCAUUGACUACCCAUACUCCCCACCUGCCUUCCGGUUCCUCACCAAGAUGUGGCACCCCAACAUCUAUGAGAAUGGAGAUGUGUGUAUUUCUAUAUUGCACCCUCCAGUGGAUGACCCGCAAAGUGGAGAGCUGCCUUCAGAGAGGUGGAAUCCCACCCAGAAUGUCCGGACCAUUUUGCUGAGUGUGAUCUCGCUGCUGAAUGAGCCCAACACCUUCUCUCCUGCCAAUGUGGACGCCUCCGUCAUGUACCGCAAAUGGAGGGACAGCAAGGGCAAGGACCGGGAAUACGUAGAGAUCAUCAGGAAACAGGUAUUGGCCACCAAGGCGGAGGCUGAGCGCGACGGCGUGAAGGUGCCCACCACGCUGGCCGAGUACUGCAUCCGCACGCGCGCCCCGGCCCCCGACGAAGGCUCCGACCUCUUCUACGACUAUUACUACGACGACGACGACGACGACGUGGAGGGCGAGGACGGCGAUUGCUGCUACGAUGAAGACGACUCCGGCAACGAGGAGUCGUGACAUGCUUUUUUUUAUGGCAUCCCCAAUCUAGCUGACAAACGCUAGCCGUUGUUCAGUCCGGGUCGCCAGAAGUUCUUGGUUUGGAAGAACUAAAACCAAUCGAAAAGAGCCGUUUUUCCCUGACUCUCUGAAUUAUUUUCAGAGGCAAAAAUCAAUGCAUUGUUGUGUAAGGGUCAGACCUGGUCAAAAUUUGCACCAGCACAAAAGUCACCAGUUUCGUCAGUGCAGACGUUAUUUCAUUAUCACCUAAAACCUUACUUUGAGAGAACAUUAUUAAUCCUUCUGAGUUGUUCAGUCCCCUGUAUGAUUAUAGUAUUGUGGGGUUAAUACCACUUUUACCAAUAGGAACAUUUGCACUGGUGUAAACACUUCCAAACGUUGCUCAGCCUCUCUCUUGCAUAUCUGUAAUUGUAACUCGGUGUUGCUAACCAGUAGUUGGUCUCAGUGACUGACAGAAGAUUGAGGACUUCAAGCAGCCUGUUUGUACUGAACAAUCUACUGCAAAUCCAUUAAAUCAGACCUUUCCAAGUUUAACAAUCUGUCUUGCGUUGAUAUGACGGGAUGUCACAGGACGUCACAAAGUUCUUGUGCAUGCCAGAACAUUGUCGGGGACCCUCCUUUUUUUUUUUUUUUUGGUGUCCCUUUUCACUGAUGGACUGUAUCCCUUCAUCAUGAUCUGUUUUCAGCUCGCUGAGAAGAAAAACGUUUUGUUGAAUGAGAUCCCAGAGAACUUUUCUAUCUGGAGGACCUACUGGCAAGCCGAGUCAGCGGGAACAGUUUUUGGUAACCAGAAAUCGAUCUUUUGCUGUGUUUCCUCUGGUUACUGUUGGAUGUGUUUCUCUUGUCAAUCUGAGUGUGGGGUUAUGUUAUUUGAAGUAGGUCAGAUUUAAGUGUGCGUAGAGGUGUUUUUCAGAAUUGUAUUUCUCCUCAGGUUUGCUCUCUGAGAGGCCUGGCGGAGUCAAAGACCUAAAGCAGUGGAAAGAAAGCCCACAACCUUUUCUGACUGUCUGUUGUAAGCUCGCCUUUGUUUUCUCAUUUGCAGGCUUUGUUAUUUCCGUCUCUUUCUUUGGUUAGAAAUUAUGCCUGCAAUAUUUUGCUUGAGAAUGAUUUUAUGUGACGCGAUUAUUAGGUUUGAUUGGAGAAAAAAAAAAAGGCUUCUGUUGGAAAAGUGUCUGUCAAAAGGUGUAGGUGUUGCAGUAUCGGUCAGGAUUAUCAAAGCCGUUCAGCCUGGACGUAGACAACAAGGCUGCCGUGUUAUAUUUUCAUUUCUAUUGUUUGUGUCAGGGUAGAUAGAUGGGGUUUGAUAUCAUUUGUUGGGUUUGUUCGGUGUAGUUUUGCAUUAGCAAUAUUGACUCUUUUAAUUUACUCAAAUUAGGACUAUAUACUGAAUUUCUCAGGAUAAUGAGUUACAUAUGAUAAAACAAUUAAGACAAGCAACUAGGGUACAAAAUGAGCGGCCAUCCACCAGCCAAAUGCUGGCUAAAUAUGCAAGUGGCUGGUUGCAUUGCUUCACUCAUCAGCCAACAAGAGAUUUCUCUUGAGUGGCUGGUAAAAUAUCAACCUUUACAAGCCGUUUGGCCGGUGGACAAA